GUUUACAGAUGUUCUGUGCUAGGAAUAAAACACCAGUGUAACACAUUACUGCUGGGUAGACAGCUUGGCUAAAAUCCCCACACUUCCUAGCGGAGACAGAAGCAGAGGAGGAAGAAAGGGCAAGAGUACAUUAAUGAUUCCAUCUUUAAGGAAUAUGAAGCAUUUUGGAGGAUUCGUAGUUCUGUGGCUAUGGAUGGUCGAGGCCUUGGAAAAUUGUCCAGAUGCUUGCAAAUGUAUCCAGAAAAACAAUGUGGAGGGAACAGAGGUUAAGUGUUCUAAACGGGGACUUCGUCAUUUUCCAGUCCAAUUCCCACUGGACUCAUGGAUCUUAAAAAUGGGCGAAAACAUAAUCCAGGAACUUCCAGCAAACAUCCUAACAUCUCUCCCCAAACUUGAGAGUGUCAAUCUGGAACGCAAUUCAAUUAAAUCUAUACACCCCCAGGCUUUUUCUGGUGCCAGCAGACUGAAGCUUCUGAACCUGAAUGGAAACCAGAUAACCAAUCUUCCAACAAAGGCUUUCAAAGACCUUCUCAACCUCCGUUUUCUCAUGUUGGGCCAAAAUCAGAUUGCCAGUGUCAAAUCCGAUAUGUUCGUUGGCAUGAGAAAUCUCUCGGAUCUAGACCUGCCCAUGAACUCUCUUACCACGCUUCCAGCGAAUGCCUUCGAACCUCUCGUUGCUCUCAAGGUGCUGGAUCUUGCUUUAAACCAUAUCCAAAAAAUCUCUCCGAAAGCUUUCUCUGGGCUCGAAGAGUUGCUCUUUCUCAAUUUGGAUAACAAUAGGCUGAAGAACAUCCAAGCUGGGAUUUUCAAGACUGUAAACAACCUGGAGAUGUUAGUGCUGGAUAAUAAUCUUCUUUCCACGUUACGUUCCUCCAUGUUGGAAGGACUGUCAAACCUGCAGGAGCUCUACGUGAGGAAAAACAGCAUCAACAGUCUGCCAGCCGAUGUUUUCCGCCAUACCCCUAAACUUACCCAGGUGGCCCUAAGCGGGAAUCAACUUCACACGAUUGAUGGGAAUAUGUUGGCCAGUAUUCAUGGACUGCAGCGUGUCUAUCUACACGACAACCCAUGGAAAUGUGACUGCAACAUCAACUCUCUGGUGCAAUACAUUGAUCAAACCCGGGCGAACCGUGGCUCUCUGGAGAAGCUGUGGUGUGUAAGCCCAGAGGAACACCGGGGCAAACCUAUGCACAAACUGAAAUCCGAGGGCCUUCUCUGUCAUGCCUAGUUAGUCUCGGUCUCAUCUGAAAUCUCAUUUACGACGAUAAUGGAGCAUGGCAGCUGAAAAGAAAAUACAAGGACAAAACAGCAUCAUUACUUUGAAAGCACAGAUGCCAGAAGUUCGAUUAUGUGAAAUCAUUUCGCCCUGCCGAGAUCACACAGUGAAGCAUGGCUGAUGAUGUGGCUGGUCAUGGCAAUAACGAGAUUAUUUUAUUAUUAUUAUUAUUAUUAUUAUUAUUAUUAUUACUACCAGAGUAGUAACAGCUAGCUUUCACAUGCGUUAAUCUUUUUGUUUACUAACACAGCUUUUCUUCCAAACACAUCAUUAGGUAACCCUAAUGAACUGUCUUCUAUAAACAUCCCAAAAUGUCACAAAUCUAUUUGUGUAUAAUACAGUUCCUGUCGGCUUGAACCAAUCUUCCAAUUGUCUUCUGACCUCAUCAACAUGGUGCUUCCACCCGCUGGAUGAGAGUUUCUGAAUGACUCAAACCAACCAUUUUGGCAACAACAGGCAGAGCGACACGGAUCCUUUCUACACUUGAUGUGACUGAAGCAGACAGGAACUAGAAUGGGUGACUUUGUCCACGGUGUUUAAAGCAUUUAAUGUGUGUUCAGCUGGCGAAACCAUGGAGACACAGCAAUAGACCAAUACAAACAAACCAUUUAGGCAUGAAUUCAGCACUGGGGACUAAUAAUGUAAUUAUACAAGUAAUAUCGUUGGUGUAGCUAAAAUGGUGAAAUGUUAUUUUUGAGCAUAAUUUUCAACUAUAAAUUUCACCCAAGCAUGUUUACUUUCUGUUUCUAGCCCUUGCUGUGUGAAAUCUCAAAAUCUCUGCACCGAUAUCAGGAUUUGGUCACGUCAUACAGGCAUCAAAACCACUGCGUGACCUCUCACUCGUCUAUGAAAGGUCAUUAGGACUUUGAAGCAAAUAAUUGGUAAGCCUCACCACCAUCAGUUGCCUCGGUGCGGUGCGCUGCUUGGGGCUAGACAUAAGUGUGAUCAGGCCUUGCUAAGGUUCAUGAAAAACGUCAUUAGAGUGGCUAAUUAGCAACUUGCUGUUAUCAUGACUUGAUAAUUAGUAUGGAGUUGAAAGCACAUUGGGAGCGUGCUGCUAAUAAAAUGGGAUGCCAAAAGUCUUCACGGGGGCUAUUAAAGGGGACUGUUCAAGAAGACGUUUCUAAAAAUCUUUUGUAAUAUUCACACUCACAAGUAACAGAAAGGAAUGUGCUCUGAAAAGUAAUAUUUUUCCCCCAAUGAGAAAAUUGUGAGUUUUGUAGAUCUUUGUCAACCGAUUCCUUCAGCUGUAUGGAUAUGUGGAUUUAUAUAAUAUUUUCUUAAAAGACAUAACAGAUGGUAUAUAUCCUGCCUCCUUGCUUAUCCUUUUCUCUGAAUUGUUAGUCUCAUAAUAUAAUACAGAGGGAGAGAGAGUAGCUAUACUUUGCAUAUGAAACUUAAACAUGAAUGACAACAGAGAAGUAUCACAUUCUUAUUAUAAUACACACUGCAAGUAUCCAUCAGAAGUCAAAUGGUGGGUGGGUGCUGUCACUCAAAUGAACACAUUGGUGGAAUCCAAAUGAACACACACACUGAGAGAGAGAGAGAGGGGGAGAGAGAGAGAGAGGGAGAGAGAGAGAGAGAGAGAAAAAAAGAGAGAGAGGGAGAGAGAGAGGGAGAGGGAGGGAGAGAGACAGGGAGAGAGAGAGGGAGAGAGAGAGAGACAGGGAGAGAGAGAGACAGAGAGAGAGAGAGAGACAGGGAGAGAGAGAGAGAGAAAGAGAGAGAGAGGGAGAGAGAGAGGGAGAGGGAGAUAGAGACAGAGAGAGGGAGAGAGAGAGAGACAGGGAGAGAGAGAGAGAGGGAGAGAGAGAGAGAGGGAGAGAGAGAGAAUGAACUACUCUUCCGCUUCACGUUUAUAGACAGGUGAAGGAGCUUCAGAAAGUUCUCAGGGACAGCAUUAUUAAACAGCACUCAGAUGGAAAACGCGACAGAGCCAUAUGAAACACAGAGAACUGAACAGCAUCGCGUUCAUGCUUCCAUUCCUACAGUACAGCUCGUGCAAAAAUCACCACUGUUUUGGAAUGAAAGACAAAACAAAAAUAACUCAGAGUUGUGCGCAUGAUCCUCCUGUAAGAGCCCCAGACCCACAGUGGUGAGAGAAUGAUGAUAUGGGGCUGCUUCUCAAAAUGGCACGUGGGCGUGCAUGGCCUCGCUAAUCCCCUCACUUUAUUUAUGGAUGAUAUUGCAAGUUCGAGUCUAUAAAAGAGCCCUCUGUAAUCUUAGCAAAUUGACAAAUUGGUUUUAAUAUUUUUUUAAAAGUAUGUUAGGUUUCAUAGAUCGUAUUUUAACAUGUGCAUGCUGUCGGAAUGAAAUAGAGAGAUUCUCGCCUCUUUUGUACGCCCUGGACCGCUUAUCAUGUGAUAUGAUACAUACACGUCUCGAGGAGGUACUACAGUAGUGAGAAGUAAGCGAGGGAAGAUAAAUGAACAUGCAUGUAUGUAUGAUGUACAUAAUAAACUGUUAUAUAUGUGUAGCAAUAAAUAUACGUGAGUCGAUGUAUUCAGCAACAUGUUUACAGCAUUUAGCAGAGUGACUUACGUUUAUCUCAUUUAUACAACUGAGACAUUGAGUGUUAAGGGCCUUCAACACACGUCCUUCUGCUCAGUAGUCCAAAGACUUAACCAUUUACGUUGAGUAAGUAAAGAACCUUGAACAAAGACCUUACAGGUGACUCGGAUCGCUGGAUUCCUGGUUUUUAAUUGAAUUUUUUGAUACUUUCAGUUUCCAUUUGUUGGGUUGUUUUUUUCCCCACCUAUUUUAGGUCACUGUUUUGUUUCAGAAUAAACAUCUGAAACUGGAAGUCUAUUUUUGUAGAUAAAUUGAAAAAUCCCCUCCAAGGGGGAAUUUUUUCACUCAGCCAUAUAUCUCAAGCAUGCACAUUAAUUGUACACCGGCAAUGAGCAAAUCAAAUAGUGGAAUUCAAACCUAAUUGAGUAAUCACUUCAUCACUGACUGUGGAAACUUCACUCUGGACUUCUAGCAACUUUCAUUCUGUUCCUCUCCACUCUUCCUCCAGACUCUGGGACCUUGAUUCCAAAUGAAAUGUAAAAUUUACUUUCAUCUUCUUUAAUAAAUGCUGGCUUGUUUUUUUUUUUUUUUUU